AUGGAGAAAGAAAUAGCUAGUGAGAGAGAGAUGGAUAAAGUUGAAGACAUAAGACAAACUUAUGGUAAAAUCCUGAGAGGUGACGCUCAUGGCCUGAAGAGAUUCUACCAAAACAAGCCUGCUGAUGCCUUGUUCGAUCAAAUCACGGCUUGUAAAGAUACUGUAUUUCACAUUGCAGCUCAGAAAGGAAGCAAAGAAGUAAUUGUAGCUCUGCUUAAGAUGGUGCCAACGCCGAGGAGACUUGAGCUCUUGAAUAUGAAGAAUAUUCAGGGAAACACAAUUGUCCAUGAGGUGGCCACCACUGAAAAUGUUGAAGUGGCAGAUUCUUUGCUCAGAAAGCUGUUGUCGUCAAAUGGACCAACAGUUAAUAAUGAGCUAGAUAUUGGGGUGAUAAGAAAACAGACUUUGGGGGAUCGAAAUAAUUUAGGAGAAACACCACUGUUUAGGGCUGCAGAAUUUGGUAAAACUGCAAUGGUAAAGUUUUUGGUGCAACAAGUUGAAGAAGUUGGAAAUCUACAUGAUCACUAUAGAAGAGAUGAUGGUGUCACAAUUCUUCAUUGUGCUGUACUCGGCCAAUACUUUGACACAGCUAUUUGGUUACUGAAAAAGGAUCCACUGCUUGCAACUUAUAAAGACAAGAAUGGCAAGACAAUCCUCCACCUCCUAGCUAGGAUGCCAACCGCAUUUAAGAGUACUUCUGAUAUGAAAAAAUUGGAGUUGUUCAUCUACAAUUGCUUUCCGAGCCAUUCAGAUGAUGAUAAUGAAGCAGGUCAGCUUUGCUCAAGUCAAAUGAAUGAUUUGGAGUGUGGCAAGCUGAGCAAAAGCCACCAUCUGUCAAAACGCUAUACCGAUUCUAAGAUGAAUCGCACUAUUUGCAAGUGGCUUGCUAACAGAUGGGAAACACUUGGCGGAAUCUGGAAAAGGAAAAUAACGCAUACUCUAGCUGUCAAACUGGUGGAGAUGCUGGUGAGGAGGGAUACGACAUGGUUCGUGGCCCAUGCACAAGAACAGGACACAAUCUGCUUAGAAAGAAGGCAAAGGGAGGAGGCAGAAAUUAAAAUUGAAGAAGGCAUCAGUAAAAUUGGAUCCUCAGGAAAAAGGAGUAAAUCACCUGAUACACCUUUGCUAAUUGCAGCUAGCACUGGAAUCAUGGAGAUUGUGACGUUGAUACUGAAGGUGUACCCUCAAGCAGUGGAGCAUGUUAGUCAAAAAGGGCAGAACAUAUUGCAUGUCUCAAUUUUGCACCGUCAAGUCAAGAUCUAUGAACUAGUAAUACAUCAGAAGAAAGAGGCAGCAAAGAGGUUGGUUUUAGGGAUCGACAAUGAUGGCAGCACCAUAUUGCACCAUGCUGCCGAUACCACACAUUAUAAUGGAGGAAUCAGGCACAAUCCUGUUCUCAAACUUCAAAAGGAGUUGGAAUGGUUCGAGGUUAAUUAG